AUGCAUAGGCAUAUUGGACGCUUUGCGAUAAUUACGGUUUACUUGGUGUUUUUUCUGAGCUUUUUAUGUACUCAUAUUGAAGGAGCGCGCCCAGUGUUGCCUUUUUUUGAUUCCCUGACGGAACAGGACUUGACGCUUUUGCGUCUGUCGGACGCGAACGUCACGACGUUUGCCUUACCCGACUCGCACCUGAACUUUGACACCUGGGACCUGCACUGCACGAAGACGGAGCUCGCGUGUGCAGCGGAAAGCUCUAGCUCGGCGGAGUUUCGGAACUGUUCAUACACAGCCUCCGGGGGAUGCAACUUGCUCGUACUGGGGCUGGAAGAAGCUAUUGAUUUACCCGAUACGCGGCAGUACAACUUGACGGUGUCGGUGCUGCGCUCGGGAAGCGAGUAUUUCUUCUGUUUUGACGGACGCGUAUCGUGUGCGUAUGCAACGGGCAGACAAGCGAUACGCUACUACUACAGCGGUUGCGACGGGAGUCUGGAUCACUGUAUCCGGCUUCAGCCGGCUACUUGA